GGGGCGAGAUGGGGGAGGGGCGAAAGGGGGAGGGGCGAGCGUGGGAGGGGCGGGGCCAGCGGUGCGCGGCCUGGGCAAAGACCCCGGGCUCGGGCCGCGCGGCCGGGGGUGGGCCCUCCUCGCCUUGCGCGCCGAGUGCCUUCUUGCUCCGGAGGGAUCCCCAGACGGCUUGUCCGGUUCCCGCGCCCACCUUGCAGGUCCUCGGCUUCCCGUCACUUCGAGUCCCUUUCCGCUCCUCCUGCUUGAGUGGCGCUGGCGUCUCCUGGCCCGGCCCGAAUCCAGGUGGCUGGGGCGUGGGCUGGAGGUGGCCCUCAGGCUGCCUUGCGCUUCUGUCGGGGGUCCUAGGUCUGAGGGGCUUGCUGACGAGUCCUUGGGCAGAGUCUGGUGAGGAGGCGGCCUGCGGAGGUUGGAUUUAAGGAUUUGAACGCAACCUGGGGACGUGCAGGGCACCUGUGGAAUCGAGUUCCAGAGCCACUUGUCCACAAAUCCCUCUCCCCCGGUGUCCUGCGUUGUGUCCAGCUGCCCCCAGAUCUAGGCCUUUACCAGCCUCUGGCGAUUAGAAUUUAUUUUGGAAACGUUAGAUUUUUAUGUUAAUGAUUAUUUUACUGUUGUCGUGCAACAGUUAUGUAAAUCUGGUCGGAAUACGCCGUCGUUAUCACGUGCGUCUAAGGCCAUUUCCAGUUUCUAACAUUUUUUGGCGCGAUGAUUCUGGCAGCGCGUUGAGAGAUACUGACUCUCGGAACUAAAACGUUUUUUUUUUUGCCUCUACAAAUUCCUUUUUGUUUACUCCCCCCCCACCCCGCAAUUAUAUUCUAUCGGAGUCAAAAAACUGAAAAAACUCCUAUCAGUCUCAUUCUCAAGAGAAAGUCAUUAUUAACAAUUUGGAGCACAUAAACAUAUAUUCGUGUUGCAUAAAUGGGAUGCCAGUGUGGUCUGUUUUUUAAUACUUUAAGGACUUCUUCUGUAUCAAUGCAUAAAUGUCUUUUUACUGCCUUCUCAACUUACACUGAUUUGGACCCAAAGCCUGUAAGGCAAGAAUUUUCUUCUCCCCAAAGCUUGAUCAGUGGCCAACCCUAGUAAAGAAACGCCUUAAAUAUUUAAUAAAAUAUCACUGGAAUGGCCAAGAUACUGGAUAGAAAUAAGUUGAAUUCAGGGUAAAAAUCAUUUAUAAAAUGUUGUUGGCUCUGCGUAAUAAUUUGGGGCAAUGUGUUUUAAAUUGCAGUUGUUAAAUCAUUGGUGAGUUGUGAAAUUAAUUUAGUGGAUCAUAAGUAGCAUUAAAAAAAGCCAAACCAAAACAACAGAAAAUACCAGAACUCGGUGCAUGUAAUGAGGGUAUUGUUUUGUGGCAUUGUUUUAACCUGUGCUUGUGUGUGGUGUGCUUGUGUCUAUGUAUGCUGGGUUGUGGUAUAAAAUAUGUUACUUCCCAUGUGCCAUGCUAAUUAUAUUUGUCAUUAAUCCAGGGUACUGUCAGCACUCAUCUCAGAGUGGGGACAAUAAUGCAGUUAAGCUUGACAUUAGUUUUAUUUUUUUUCUUUGGAAUAUGUGACAGUGUUUAUUGCAGCAAAUUAGAUUCCUAAUUAUUUGUUUUUACCUAAUGUUAAAACAAUUAAUUACCAUCCCUGAAAAUACAGAGAGCAAGCCUUUUAAAGAAGUCCAGAGGUUAAGAGUCAAAUCCCAGCUAUACCGGUUAUUGGUGUUGACCUGGAACAAGAUAGUUGUUCUCUCUAAACCCCAGUUUCCUGAUUUGUAAAGUGGGGGUUACCGGAAUACUAACCUCAUAAGGCUGUUUGAUAUUCAGAUGAAGUAAUACAUGUGAAACUGUUGAUUUAAUGCCUGGCCCAGAUUAAGCUCUCACUAAAAAUUAGCUGUUACUUUAUUGAGACUAAAUGAAAGUAUCCAGGAUAUAAUUCUUGUCGCCAGAGGUAAACCAAUACAAGGUGGAUAAUUCAAAAGCGUGGGAAGUUGAAAAUUAGUUAAUAUUAUUAUAAGGAAAGGGACACUGAAUUAAAACGGUCUUUUUUAUAUCAUUUCGUCAUUGUUUUGUGAUUGCCCGCCAAUUGUUUCCCUAUCGCUAGAGAAGUAAUUUAGAUGAUCUUACUCAGUUAUCUAAAUGUUUUUCUAUUGCCUUCUCUUAUUUAUUAUUGAGCUGUCUCUAUUGUCACACAAUUGAAAAAUAUUUGCUCUGGGGAGUCUGGAUUUUGUUAGCUCUUACUCAAUACUACAACCAGCUUGAGAAACUCACACACUACAACUCAAGGCAUUUCAACAAUGUGUUUAUUUAUCUCUGCAGUAGGUACAGAUCUAAGGUAUGUAAGAAGUAGUCCUAAAAAAAAGCACAACUUGAUUUCUAUUUUGAGACAUUUUUGUCUCAAAUGCUCAAGCAUUUCAGAGAUCUCUAUUCACUGCCCCAGACUGGUUUUUGCAGUUUUAAAUAUUACAUAAACCAGUAAAAGAAGUGUAAGUGUUGUCUUUUUUUAAUAGCAUGGUUAUUUUUUAUGAAAAAUAAAUGCUUUGGCCUCAAAAAAAGGCUGUUGCAGAAGUACUUAAUUGUGUAACACAAGUAUAAAAGGUUGGGGAGAAUCUUAAAACAUUAAUCAUAAUACUGCUCUCAGUUUUGAAAAUAUCUUUAAGUUCUUAUUCUGUUUUAGAGGGACCAAAAUGGAAAUGUUACCGAACCGAACUUGGGUCUGCUCGCCUGCUGCACAGAAAAGACAAUCUACUGACACCGGGUUGUGGUGAAGGAAAGUACAGCGUUUAUUUGCAGGGUGCCAAGCAAGGAGAACAAACAGGCAGCACGUGUUCAAAAGACCCGAACUCCCCCAUGGCUUUCAGGGAUGGGUUUCUUUCUUUCUUUCUUUUUUUUUUUUCUUUAAGGGCAACUUUUGGGGUGAGGGUUGCAGCUCAUGGGCUUUCUUUCUUUUGGUUGGUGGUACCUAACAAGAUGAUGUUUUGGAAAUCUUAAUCAUCAACCUUCAGGUUCCACCCAGUCUGGGGUCCACCUGUGUGUGGUCAGCAUGUAGUCACCAUGCUCCACCUGAGUGGAGGGGUGUAGUUUCUACAGAAAAGCUCAACGAUAUGCAUCAGAUUGUUAUACAUAUUACUUGAGGAGGAAGUAGGACUCUGUUUUAUCGCUGAACUGUUGUUUAAGCUAUUAUAACUUUCUUGCUCACCUGCAUUCCCUCACUUCCCUAAUUGGUAACUGUUUGAGUCUACUUUUUGGAACUCAGGAAAGGCCUAGGAUACUAAAACUUUUCUCCUACAAACAAGACAUGGGGGAUAUGGAGGGGCUUUUGUACCUGGGAGGGCCCCAUAUGGUCCUGCUUGGUCUCAAUCCCUUCUUUUCUUUGAUACUCCUCAAUCCUAAAGGGAGCAGGGGUGGGACAACAAAGGGAACACGUUUUGGAUAGAGAUUAAUCAUAGACUUGUUUGAGGAACUCGGUUUUAGGCAGACUUGGUUUUGGAAACUCCUUGCAGGUAAAUCAUGAUGUGGUUUAUGAAAAUAUGAUAAAAAAUAAGACUUGGAACUCUAGCUGUCAUAUUCACAAAAAGACCUCAAUGAAGCUAAAAAAACCUAUCUUGACCGUAAACAUGUAUUUAUUUGUAUGUUUUAAGUUAGAUAAAAUAUUAAGGUUAAAUGUGUUCUGUAUUUUAAAAUUGUUUUAUUGAUUAAUAUUUCAAAAGUUAACUCACCAACUCCUGGGUCUUAUCUUGUCAGAUAAGAAGAUUUUUUAUCUCACACUGAUAAAAUGAAAUUUUUGGAAUUCUGUAUAAUAUCAUAAACAGGUGCUUGUCAUAUAUCGUUAAAUGAGAGAGGAGGCCAUUCCAUUUUUGUAAAAACAUGUUUAGAACAAAGAAGAAUAUAAAAUGUGAAUGAUGGGUAGUGGGAUUGGUCUGAUUUUUAUGCUCUCAAUUUUAUUAUUUUUAUAACUUUACUAUAAUUUUGUUUUACUUUCUUAAUACCAGUUAAUAAAAGUCACUCCUUAAAGAAACAAUUAAUGUGUGUUUUCCUAAUUUGUAAGUAUAAAUGAGACUGAGUCUUUGCUUAAGGGAUACUGACUCUUUAAACUUGGAUAUUUGGGUAUUAACUAAUUCUCUCAUAUUUUAGGAAAUAGUGCUGAAUAGUUAAACAGUUAUAUCCCUUAUCCUGUUGAAAGCCUUUGAAUAGGAAAGAACAUUGUUCCAGAAUUUUCUUAAAGCACUCUUUGAGUAUACUGAUUUCCAAAAACAUUUACACACUGUCUGAAGAUAAGGUCUAAAUCUUUCAUCUGCUUUUAAAUCCUGUCAUGUCAAACCUCAGUCUACUUUUCUUGCUUUAGUGCCCUUUAAAUUCUUAAAUGAAAUCUUAUUUCCAGCUAAACUUGUCAACUUGAUAUUUCCACAUGUUCCUUGUGCUUUCUUGCUUUUGUACUUUUGCUUCUUUGUGACUUGGAAUAUCUUUUACUGAUGGUUAUGUGAGCAAAUUCUGGACAAUGUCCAGCUAAAAAGCCAUAUCUACUGUGACAUCUCUGGUUUGUCCAGCUAAAACUGUAUUUUGCAACUACACCCAUUUGCACUUAUUAUUUGUGCGUAGACAUUUCUCAGAUACCACCUGAUAUUUAUGCAUUUAUUUCCUAAUUCUGUUUUAAACUUCUCAAGAGCAAGAAAGCUUAUCUUGGAUUUCUCUCUAUCCCUUGAUGCUCCUAGCAUGGAACCUUGCGCUGGGUAGGUGCUGAAUGUUUAUUCCUUGAUCUUACAGUGGUGUCACUGGCUCUUUUGGGUCCAAGUGUUGGAAUUUUUUGUUAACCAGUGAUCCUGGUUAGGGGGUAAACACUUUGCCCACAACAAUGUGGAGGAAAAAAAAAUUGGCUAAUUUGGCUUAAUUGUCAAUUGAUAUAGAGAGAUAAAGAAUUGACAGUAUUUUUUAUUAAAACUAACACAAGAGCUGAGAGUUGCAUGGUUCAGAACCUAAACUUAAAUUUCACGUAAAUAUUUCUUUGGAAAGUUUGAAAGUUCGUUUUGGGUUUGAUAGCCUCUUGGGUCUUAACCCUACUGUAGGCAAGUUAUGCCUUGUGUCCUUACAGCUACUGUUCCCAGAACCCAGAGAUCUAAACUAUUUGGUGGUGGGGUAUAUGGACAAUCGUCACUCUUUUCCAGAACAUUUUAAGAGGUCGUGUGGGAUUCAGUGAGUUAUAGUAUGUAAACUGCUUUAUGUUCAAAAGUUAAUAUUUUUUCUCUUGUUAAUGGAAACAUAAUUAUGCUACUUUUCAAACUUAAAUUGUGACUCGGGGGUACUUAUUUGGUUAAUGGCAGACACUUAACAGGGCUUAUCUUUUUUCUGUUAAACAGUUUUAUUUUAAUUUAUAGAUGUUUGCCAGGACUAAAUAUAGCUGAUGAAAUAUCUACCCUUUUCUGCUCAAGAAGCUGGAUUAAUUGAUUUAUUUUCCCUAGAAGUGUGAGAAGUCAGAAACUAUGAAAUUUUCUCAUAAUAAAAAGUAAUAGUGUGAGUAUUCAAAGACAAUAGCCACCUGACUUUGGUUAUUCAAUAUGCAGAACAGACAAGGACAUUGCAGCUAUUGCUGUGUGCCUUAUAAUAACCUGGAACAGCAUAUGUCCAGUGAUCAGCACAGAUACUUGACCACACAGAGUAGACAACGGAGGGGUACCACUAGUUUGAUGGAACGUUUCUUACAGGAUGUACUGCAGCACCACCCAUGUCAUUAUCAAGAAAGCGGAUCAGUGCAAAAUGAGAGACUUCAUAUGAAUUCUGCAUCACCUUCUGAAGUGGUUCCUAAUGAUCAUUUUAUUCCUGAAGAUGCUACUCGAGUCAGAGAAGAGACAUCCACCAAGGGUUUUGAACCUGUUGAAGAGUUGUAUUCUAGACCUAGUAAAUCUCGGGAAUAUAUACAGAGUGUUUCCGUUCGACCAUCAGUUAUUCAAAAACUGGAGAAAGGACAGCCACAGCCCUUAGAGUUUGUUCAUAAAAUUGGGAGCAGUGUGGAAAAAUGUAAUCCAGUUUGUAUUGGUUACAAUACAAAUAAUCAAAAUACAAUAUGUUCUUCAGUGAUUUCUAAUGCUCCUGUUAGUUGUUUACAUGAAAGUUCUCAUGAAAGACCAGUUACAACUAAUAAUACAACUAGGUUACCAUUAGGAGUCCCUUUGGAUUCAGUUAACAAAUGUAACCCAAACAAAGUUGACAAAUACCUUAAACAGCUAGACAAGGGCUCUAGAAACCCUAUGCUAUCAUCUCAUCCAGAAACUUCUUCAGUUUCAUAUCAGAACCCUAAAGACUCAAACAGGAAAUCUUUAUGUACAAAUUCAGAUAAAUUGAUUAUACAGGAAAAUGUAAAAUCUCAGGGUAAAACUUUGUCAGCUGGCUUUAAAGUCCAUGAAUGUGUGGGUACUGAAGGCUCCUUAAAACUGGAAUCUCUUUCCAAAUUAGCAGUAAACCGAGCAAUCAACCUGAAUAAAACUGACAUGCCUUCUAAUAAAGAAAUCUUUGAAGAUGGCAUUCCAAAGCACCAUGAGAAAUUCUUUCCCAAUAUGGAACACACCCAAAAAGGAAGGCAUUUAGUUUUUAACAAGUCAGCCUUUUUGGAACAGAAGAUCUCAGAGUGUUCUGAAAUGAAGUUUGCUUGUGGCUCUCUUCAGUCAGUGUCCAAUCAUCCUGAAGAGCCUGUGCCAGACCUCUGGAAGGAGGAGCAAAUUUAUGAAGAAGAUACGAACUAUGAAUCAAAAGAUUCUGAAAUGAGUUUUGAUGACAGUUCCUCUUUUUGUUCACUGACUGACCAACCAAAAGCAACUGCUACAGAAAUAAACCUUUCAAAGGAAGUGGAUGCUGAUUUGCAGUAUAAGAGUAAUAACUCUUGUGUUUCUGAAGUAAGUUCUGAUUGUGAUGGCUCUCUUCAGUUGACUACCAACCAAACUCAAGUAACUGUUAAAGAUGGAAGUAUUCAGAUGGGAACACAUAUUAAGCUGGUUGACGAAAGCUAUGAAUCUAGUGAGUCUGAGAUGAAUUUUGAUUGUGAUGCCUUGCUUUGGUCAACUGAUGACUACCUCCAACAUCCUGAAAAAGAAGUAAGCCUUCCUAAGAGGGUACACAUUGACUUGGUUGAUAUGGACUAUGGAUCUAGUAGCUCUGAAAAAAGUGCUAAUUCUGUUUUCUCACUUCAGUCGGUGGUUGACCAACUCCCUGUGGCUGUCACAGAAACACAGCUUCAGAAGGUUCACAUUGGCUUGGUUGAUGAAAACUAUGGGUCGAGCUGUUCUGAAACAAGUUUUGAUUGUGCGACUUCUCUUCAGUUAGUAGUUGACCAUUCUCAACUGGCCAUCAAAGAAAGAAACCUGGAGGAUAGGCUUGUCUGUCUGAGAGACAAGAAUCAUAAACCCAGUAGUGCUCAAGCACACCCUGAUUGUGAUACCUCUCUUGAGACAGUGACUGAUGAACCUCAGAGGGCUGUGGAAGAAACACAUUUUCUGAAUGACCUUGUGGAUAUGAACCAUGAGUCUUGUGGUUCUGAAGAGAGUUUUUACACUGAUACUCAGUUAGUGCCUGACCAAUCCCAGGUAGCAGUUGAAGAAGUAAACACUCAGGAAGUAGCUACUGACUUGGAAAAUAAGAGUGUUAAAUCUAGCAUUUCUGAUCCAAGUUUUGAUUUUGAUUCUCAUUCUUCUCUUUUCCAAUCAGCUAAUGAUCAGCCUCAAGAAGUAAACACUCAGGAAAUAGCUACUGACUUGGAGAAUAAGAGUGUUAAAUCCAGCAUUUCUGAUCCAAGUUUUGAUUUUGAUUCUCAUUCUUCUCUUUUCCAAUCAGCUAAUGAUCAGCCUCAAGAAGUAAACACUCAGGAAGUAGCUACUGACUUGGAGAAUAAGAGUGUUAAAUCUAGCAUUUCUGAUCCAAGUUUUGAUUUUGAUUCUCAUUCUUCUCUUUUCCAAUCAGCUAAUGAUCAGCCUCAAGAAGUAAACACUCAGGAAGUAGCUACUGACUUGGAGAAUAAGAGUGUUAAAUCUAGCAUUUCUGAUCCAAGUUUUGAUUUUGAUUCUCAUUCUUCUCUUUUCCAAUCAGCUAAUGAUCAGCCUUUGAGUGAAACAAAUCUGAAGGAGUUAAACGUUGACAUGGAAGUUAAGAGCUAUGGGUGUUCCAGUUCUGAGUUGACUUUUGAUUCCGAUCCUCCUUUUGUGUCAGUUACUGACUAUCCUGAGCUGGAUAUUGAAGAAAUAAGAAAGAAGUACAGUAACCUGGAAGAUGAGAGUUUUGAGUCAGUUAGUUCGGAAAUAACUUUUGAUUCUGACAUUUCUCUUCACUCAGUAGCUGACCAAUCUGAAGUAGCUGUUUAUGAGGAAGAACCUAUUGAUCUGGAAAAUAAGAGUAACAAAUCUUGUGUUUCUGAAAUAACUUUUGAUUCUGAUAUAUCUCUUAGUUUACCGACUGAUCAACAUGGAGUAGCUGUUAAAGAAACAUUCAUUCAGAAAGAAGAGUCUCUACACUUAGGAGGGAAGGAUGAUGAUCCCACUAGUUCUGAAAUAAGUCUGGAUUCUUAUACCCCUUUUCAUUUAGUGACUAAUCUUCCAGAAGAAGCUGUUAAAAAGCUAAAUCUUCAAAAAGAAGAGUGGGGACACUUAGAAAAUAGGGAAAAUGAACCUAGUGAUUCUGAGUUAAGUUUUGAAUAUGAUGCUUUUCAUUCAAUGACUGGACAUGCGAAAGAUCCCAUUAAAGAAAAAAAUCUUCAGAAAGAAGAGAAUGUACAGUUAGAAAAUGAGGGUAAUGUACCCAGUGUUUCUGAAAGCAGUUUGAAAUCCGAUACUUCUUUUCAUUUAGUAACCGAUCAUCCAGAUAUAGCUAUUAAAAAAAUAAACCGUAAAAAAGAAGAACAUGUAAACUUAGCAGAUAAGGGUAAUGAGUUGAGUGUUUCUGAAACAAGUUUGGAUUCUAGUAUCUCUUUUCAGUCAGUGACUCAUAAACCUGAAGAAGUUAUUAAGGAACUAUGGCUUCAAAAAGAAAAGGAUGCUAAAUUCAAAGGUAAAAGUGCUGACUUUAGUGAUUCUGAAAUAAAUUUGGAUUCUGAUGUCCCUCAUUAUUCAGUGAUGGAACCUGAAAUAGCUGUUAAAGAAAUAAAUAUUCAGAAAGAAGAAUGUGCUGUUCUGGAGAACAAGAGUGGUGAAUAUAGUGGUUCAGAAAUAAUUUUGGACUCUGAUGUCCCUCCUCAGUCAAUGACUGAAAAACCUCAAAUAACUGUUUUGAAGGAGGACCAUGUUGACCCAGAAGAUAAAAGUAUUAGACUUAGAGAUUUUGAAAUAAAUUUGGGUAUUGACGCCCCUCUUCGUUCAGUCACUGACCAAACGCAGCUAGCUCUUUUGAAGGAAAAACAUGCUGAUCUGGAGGAUACAAACAGUGAAUCUAGCGAUGGUGAAAUAGAUUUUGAUUCUGAUUACCAUCUUCAGCCGUUGACUGAACAAUUUCAGGAAGUGGCUAAAAAAACAAAUCUGUGGGAGGAAGAGGAUAUGGGCCUGAAAAAUAAGCUUGAUGAACCUAAUGGUUCUAAAUUAAUACAUACUUCUGAUGUUUCUCUUCAGUCUGUAUCUGAUCAACCUGAAGUGGCUGUUAACCGAAUAAACCUCGAGAAUCAAGGUCAUGUGUACUGGGACGAUAAGAACAGUCAAUACAAUAGUUCUGAAAUGAGUUUGGAUUCUGAUUUCUUGGUUCAGUCAAUAGUUGAUCAUCCUCAGAUAACUAAUUUGGAGCAGGAGCAUACUGAGCUAGAAGAUGAGCAUAAUCCAUCUUGUGGUUCUGAAAUAAGUUUUUAUUCUGAUUACCCCUUUCAGUCAGUGGUGGAGCAGUUUAGAGAAACUGUUAAAGAAAUAAACCUUUGGAAGGAUGAAGUUAACGAGGAAGAUAAGAGUGAUAAAUCCAAAAAUUUUGAAAUUAUGUGUGAUUCCGAUGUCCUUCAGUCGGUGGCUGGCCAAACAGAAGAAGUGGUUAAGGCGUUCAGCCUUUGGAAGAAGCAUGUUGAUUUGGAAGAUAAGAUGGUCAAACCUAGCGAUUCAAAGGUAAAUUUUGAUUCUGAUAAACCUCUUCAGUCUGUGGCGAAUGAAAUUCAAGAGACUAGUAUAGAAAUAAAUCUUCUGAGGGAGGGACAUGUUUGUCUGGAUAGUAAGAGCUAUGAACCCAGUGAUUCUGAAAUCAUUUAUGUUUCAAAUGCCCCUCUCCAAUCAGUGAUUGAGCAGCCACACAUUUUGGAAGAGCAACAAGCCAAUUUGGAAGAUAAGAGCAGUGAUCCUUGCGAUCCUGAAAUAAGCUUUGUUUCUGAUGACCCUCUUCAGUCAGGGGCUGUCCAGCUUCCGAAAGCUAUGAAAGAAAUAGAUCUUUGGAGGGAAGACCACAUUUACCUGGAAGAUAAGAGAUAUAAACUAGGUGAUUUUGAAGUAAGCUAUGACUCUGAUCUUUACAUUGUAGCUGGUCAUUCUCCUGUGGCUUUCAAAGAAAUAAACUUGCAAGAGAAGGAUCAUAAUGACCUAGAAAAUAAGAACUGUGAACUUAGUGUUUCUGAAAUGAAAUGGGAUUCUGGUGUUCAUCUUCAGUUAGAAGUUGACCAACCCCACAUGAUUUGCCAAGAAAGCAAGCUUCAGACGGAAAAGCAUCUUGGCAUGGAAGAAAACAUCAGUGAACCUAGUGAUUCUGAAAUGUGUGAUUCUGAUGUCCCUUUUCAAAUCGUGAUAAACGAACCUCAAGUGUCAGGCAAAGAAACACAUAUUCAAAAGAUGCUGUUUGUGGACCUGGUGACUGGCGAUAGUGAUUGCGAAAUGAUUUCAGAUUCUGAUGUUCCUUUUCAGCCAGUGAUUGACUCACCUCAAAUGACUGUCAAAGACAUUAGCUGUAUAAAUGCAGGAAGUUUUAUUCUAGAAGAUGAGAACUGUGAAUCUUAUGAUUCUGAACUAGAAUAUGUUUGUGAAGCCUCUCCUCAAUCAGUGACAAACCAUUCCAAAAAGACCUUCAAAAUAGUAAACCAGAAGCAGGACUAUAUUAUCCUGGAGGAGUCAAGCUGUGAGCCUUAUGCUUCUGAAAUAAAUUUUCAAAUUGAUCCUUCUCAUCAGUCCGUGGGUCAGUCACUAGGGCCUAAAAAAAAAAAGGCAAAAUAUAUUGACCCAAAAGAUAAGAGCUGUCAAUCUAAUAGUCUUAAAAAUUUUUUUGAAUGGGAAAAGACUUCUCAGCCAGUGACUCACCAAGGGCAGAAAGCUGACAAAGGGGUUAACCUUUGGAAAGAUGUAGAAAAUAUUGGCCUAAAAGAUAAAAACUGUGACUCUGGUGUUUCUGCAGUGGAUUGUAAUGCCUCUCCUGAGUUGGUGAACCAUCAAAUGCCCAAUAAAGAAAACCUUCUGAGGUUAAAACAUACAAAUCUAGGAAAUACAAGCUGUGAACCUUGUGGUUCUAGGAUGAAUUUUCAACGUCAUCCCUCCCCUUCCCAUCAGUCUGACACUGACCAGCCUCAAGAAGCUGUUAAUAAAAUAGACCUAUUUAAGAAGAUGUUUUUUGACCUGAAAGAAACAAACCAUAGUUCUCAUUCAAGCUCUGUUCCUAUGACUGAUUCUGUAAGGAACCAGGAAAAAGCAAAAGAGGUCAUAGAAGACGAUCCUGAUGAACCAGUUCUUGAAGCCUUGCCUCAUGUCCCUCCUUCCUUUGUGGGAAAAACCUGGUCUCAGAUAAUGAGAGAAGAUGACAUGAAAAUUAAUGCUCUUGUGAAAGAGUUUAAGGAAGGUCGUUUCCAUUGUUACUUUGAUGAUGAUUGUGAGACCAGGAAAAUUAAAAAAAAAAAAUUGAAUAAAGGAAAAAAGGUUACCCGGACGGACCUCAAUCAGGACACUGCAUCAAUUCAAGUUCUCUCAGAUUGUGAUGAUAAUACAGGUGGUAUUUCAGGUAUUGAUGAGUUUUCAGUGGCCUUGGAUAAACCUAGCCAUUAUCCUUCAGCAGAGAGGUGUUACGAACAAACAUGGGGAGUGGCUUCUCAAUGCCAGGCUGUAAAAGUCAGUCAUGGAACGCAGACCAAUCUCCCAAGUCACCCAAGGAUGAAAAGAAGGAUAACUGGACAAGAGAAAGACUCUCCAGUAAAGAAGCGUUUACUUUUACAGAACGGCAGAAAGACAAAAAAGAAAGUAGAAAUUGGGACACUUGAAUUCCCUGAAUCAUGUAUUACAGUUUUGAAGCCUUUGCAACCAAAUGCCUUAAUGUCUGUUCUUUCUUCAAAUAUUAAGUUGAAGAAAGGUGACUCCAACAGCUCUAAAACGAGGCACCAUAGUAGAAAUAAUUGGGAUAUUAUCAUACAGUACAAAUAUAAACACAAUUCCUUUAAUUAUAAUGAUCCAUUGAAUAAGCAAAUUGUAUUUGAUCCUUCUCUGAACAUAGAAGUACCAGGGUCUGACAGGAGUAACUGUGUUGAAAUUCAUUUUAACCACCUUAACUCCAGUGCAGGAGAUGAUGAUACUUAUGUGCAAAGCUUUGCUUCAGCACCUUUUAUGACAGUGCCAGUAAGACAUGAGUUAAUGUCACAUCAGGAGGCCAAUGCAUCAUCUGUGUUUCUGGAAAAGUCCCAGGUUUUGAAUUCUAGUAAAGUUCCAAAGGAAAGUAAUUUCCAGUCAACUCUUUUAAAUCACGCUUUUGUCAAAGUUUCUCCAAAAUCAGUUAGAAUUAAGUUUUUGGAAAGUAAAAAGAAAAUUCAGAGAAAGAAGGUGACAGCUAAUAAUAAGCUAGGUUUUCCCAAAAUGGAUUGCAGACCGAAUAUUCCUCAGCAGAAAACCAGAAUUGCCUCAGAAAAACAAUCGACUUGGAUUCAGACCAAACUAAGUGAUAUAAUUAAAAAGUAUAUUCCCCAAUACUCUGUUUUUUUGCGUCACAAAUAUUGGUCCAGGAGCACUCUUGUUAAGAUGCACCUUAAGAAGAAAAAGACGGAUGUCAGUAGGUUAAAGCAGGCCAAGAGACCAGCCAAAAUGCUUUCAAACUCCUUGGUUCCAUCAGCUGAUGCUAAAGAGAAGUCACGCGCCAUAGCAGGCUCUUCUCCCAAGCAACCUGUGCAGGAUUCUUCCGGUGUUGCAGGAAGUAAGAAGAAUGGUAAUAAAAAACAAACGAAGAAAGAAAGAAAACAAAGAGAGCCUUCUAGACCUAUUAGAAGAUAUGCUUUGAGAAGUUUACAUUCUGAUGUACCUCAUUCUGAUAGAAUGAGGACCCGGCUCUCAAGCAAAUCAUGAAGUAAUGAGGUAAACUAGAGGUGUUUCUGUUAGGGCUGGUUGAGGCUUCAGUACUUCAGCUGAGAAUAGCUUUGGUACCUAGUGUACAUAGCUUUCCUUACUUUAGUAAAUAAAUAAACCUUCA